UUGAUGUCACUAUCGCAUAUAAAAAGCCUCGAAAACCUAAACGUAUUUCAUUCAAUUGAAGUAAACUCUAGUGUUAUAAACAGUGAAUUCAGUGAAGUGAUCUUUUUAAAAAUCAUGAAUACGGCGAACUUGAGAUCCAUCGACGACUUGGACUUGUUCGAUAAAAGAGUUCUGAUUCGUGUCGACUACAACGUUCCUUACGACAAUGAAGGUAACAUCACCGACUAUUUUCGCAUUGAACAGUCUUUGAAAACCAUCAACUAUUGUAUCGCCCACCAUGCCAGAAGCAUUGUUAUCAUGUCCCACAGGGGAAGACCAGCUGGCAAAUACGUUAAAGAAUUAUCCAUGGAAAAAGUUGCUAAAGUUCUAGAAAAGUUAUUGCAAUUAGAUGUAACUUUUUUGCCAGAACCAGUGCCGAGCAAAAAAACUGAAGCUUAUUGCAGAUAUCCCAGACACGGUUCGAUUGUAGUCCUGGAAAAUCUUAGGUUCGUUCUUGGUGAAGAAAAAACAGGCAGGGAUUAUUUGGGCAACAAAACCGAAGCGACCCCAGAUGAAAUUAAAAAGUUCAGGAGGAGUCUCAGAAGAUUGGCCGACAUCUACAUAAACGACGCCUUUGGAACCAUCCACAGAGAUCAUAGUUCAAUGAUGGCGGACGGCUUUGAAAUUAAAGCGGCUGGAUUUUUAAUGAAAUCUGAACUCACUCACCUUUCAGCAAUUUUAAACGAGUCUCAAAACUCCAGGCCAUUAGUAUGCAUAUUGGGUGGUAACAAAUGUGAAGAAAAAAUACCUUUGAUGAACCACAUGUUGGAUAUAGCGGACGAGAUUAUAAUUGGAGGUGGACAAGCUUACAACUUUUUGAAGGUUGCUUACGGAAUCAACGUUGGAGAUUUUCCAGUUUGCCCGGAAUUGGAGAAUACCAUUAAGAAAAUCGUAGAAAAGGCAAAGAAAAACAAUGUCAAAUUGCACAUUCCCCAAGACUUUUACAUAACCAAUGAUUUCAAUAAUGGUGAAGUGAAGUUGGCCGAUUUGUCCACAGAAAUUGAACCAGGUUGGGUCGGAGCUGACAUUGGACCAAAAACUAUAGACACAUUUAAGAAAUCCAUAGCCAGAGCCAAAGUUAUACUUUGGAAUGGACCUAUGGGAACAGUGUCUUAUGAAAAGUUCACGAACGGUACCAAAACGGUUCUGGAAGCAAUUGUAAAGGCUACCAAGAAUGGUACGACAACUGUUGCUGGAGGUGGAAGAACUGGAUACUGUCUUGCAAAGUGGAAUGCUGACGGGCAAUUGUCUCAUGUUUCUACUGGUGGUGGUGCAUUUUUAAAAAUUCUCGAAGGGAAGACAUUCCCAGCUAUCAAAGUUCUAUUGCAAAAGAAGUAAAAUAAAUUAGUUAAUAAGU